CACCUUACACCGUAUCCGGUUCUUUGUUUGACGUGGUAUCCGGACAAAUUUAGGCUAAUGUUAGCCAGAAUACAAUAUUUUAAAUGAACUACUGGUAGCUUUAAGAUUGUUUGAAAUGUUUGGCUCAUUUGGUCGACGCAAGGGAGAGUAAUCUGCAUGUGGCGACUUCAUUUUACUCGUCCGCUCUACCUAGCGAACUAUUUAGUUACUUACAUAUGGCAGGGAUAGUUCAUUGUUAGCCUAGCUUUAGCCAUGCUCUCAGACUCCGCUUUCACUUGUCUUUUGGGUUGCUUGUGACAGGGACCACAGCUACUAGCUAGCUUGGUAGCUGGCUAGCUAAGCAUAUUUUCCAGUAUUAACGUUUUUGUGUUUCUCGCGUUGUUUGUUGGAUCUUUAGUGUCUGUCGCAUUCAGUGUAACAGCGGUGCUCUGCAGAAACUGCACCUCGUUUGUGUUAACACGUAAAAUUAGUUGUUAGCAAGCUAGCUAACCGGCCAACUUUGAGGAAACGUCUUUUUUUUAUGACAUUUAAAUUGAUGUUGACGUUGCCUUCACCUGGGCAAUAAUCUCCAUUAACUCAAGAAGGCCUGUCAUCGUCUGCUAACAUUUUUCACCACCCAGUCAAAAACCGGAGCUUUCAUUUCUGUGGUUAUUUUCCUGCCACGAUGGCUUCUUCCUCUGGAAACGACGAUGACCUCACCAUCCCCAGAGCAGCUAUCAACAAGAUGAUUAAGGAAACUCUCCCUAACGUACGAGUGGCUAACGACGCGAGGGAGCUUGUGGUGAACUGUUGCACAGAGUUCAUACACCUCAUAUCCUCAGAAGCUAAUGAAAUAUGCAACAAGUCCGACAAGAAGACCAUAUCUCCUGAGCAUGUCAUCAAUGCCCUAGAGAGCCUUGGUUUCGCAUCGUACAUCACGGAGGUGAAAGACGUCCUGCAGGAGUGUAAAACUGUAGCUCUGAAGAGGAGGAAAGCCAGUUCUCGACUGGAGAACUUGGGUAUCCCAGAGGAAGAGCUCCUCAGACAACAACAGGAAUUGUUUGCCAAGGCGCGGCAGCAGCAGGCAGAGCUCGCCCAGCAAGAGUGGUUACAGAUGCAGCAGGCUGCCCAGCAGGCACAGAUGGCAGCAGCAUCUGCCAGCGCUGCCCAGCAGGCUGGUUCCUCUCAGGAUGAAGAUGAAGAGGAUGACAUUUGAUCCUAGGACGCCGUUCUACUUGUCCGAAUCCUUUCCUGGGACAGUGUUGGCACACAAAUCUCCCAGUGCUGUCAUCAGCAGAGACAUGAGGCGUGUUUGACUGCUGGUAUACAUAAGUGUAACAUGGAUAAAGCACAUUGGAAUGGACACUGAAAAGAAAAAUGGAGGGGGAUUUCAUGACAGCCACAUGUUCAGACACCAGUACCUGAAAAUGAUUUGGAUUGAGAGGCUAUUAAUGAAGUCUCAUCUUCCCCCCUUUUCCAGUUGCUUCUGUUUAAUUAUGUCUUGAUAUUAUGUUGUGAGUAAUUUGUAGAUUUUUGGAUGUGUUGUGGACACUGAAGGAAGACAUUGCCUGGGAUAUGUCAGUGAAUUUUGGUGAUAAUGCAGCAAGUGUUUACUCCUUCAGGUACUGCACCAGAUAGCUUAUUUAUGUCCGUUGUACUAGAUCACUUUUGAUGGUUUAAGGAAACUGCUUCAGAAUAAUUUCAGAGCAGUCAAUUUCUCCUUUCCUGUGGUUUGGUCACUUUUACAGAAAGGGUUUUCUCUACCCCCUCUUGGUAUAUUUGUUCAACAGACGAUCAUUUGAGGGGUUGUCAAUAUAGGAAUUAUUUUGUUAGUAGAGAAAUAAAUGGACAUUUUGUUUAAUUUUAGCUCAUUCAGAUACUUUAUGUUGCAUUUCCUUUCAUCUUUGAGCCACCCACAGUAUUGCUAAUUAGCGACACCUUUCAGAAAAUGUAUAUUUUUGUGUCAUAGAACCAAAGAUAGAGGACAGACUAACAGCGCAGAGUUAAUGUUUUUUAAAGGUGUAGGUGCUACUGUGAUUCUUGUUGCUGACUCCAGGUCAGUGUAAACAAUGUUAAGGAUUAUUAACCUAUGACUUUGUAAGAUGCUUUGAUAUCCAGGCUGAAUUUGUUAUUUCCCUUCUCUUCGGGUGCAGUAUCAAACAUUUGCAUUGUGACUGUGGUCAAUCCUCAGUGUAAAGACAAGUAACCUAGUUGUGAUACACAUUCACUCGCCUAUGCUAGAAAGUUGUAUUCUUUAAGCAAUAAAGGAAUCAUGUUUU